ACCAUCCUCACAACCCCGCUCCACUCCACUCACUGGCGGAUCAGCUCGACAACUCCUAUAAAUCAGCGCCACCAACACCACGGAAUCUCCCACCUACGCCUCCAAGAGUCCAACCAACCACCCAAGAUCACAUACAUUCUCCUGGAAUUAACCGGAGCAGGAGCGGUCGAUCGAGAUGGGGGAUCAGGGCAAAGCAUCGUCGUCGUCGUCGUGGUGCCGCGGCCGGCGGGGCCCGGUAGGGUUCGGGCUGGCGCUGGCCCGGCUGGUGCGGAGGAUGCGGAGGCGGAGCAAGAUGCUGCUGUGCACGGCGGCGCCGGCCGCGUCGUCCCGGUACUGCCCGCAGUACGACCCGCUAAGCUACGCGCGCAACUUCGACCGCGACGGCUUCGGCACCGCGCUGCAAGACAGACGUCUCCGGCGCCGGCCAACUCUGCCACCACUACACCUUCGCCUCGCGCUUCGUGAGAAUUGCUCCCUAUUUUGUUUCGUUCUUUAUCCCCCGACCGCGCCGCCGCUAGCUAGGGAAAAAAAUUAUAUGAAACCAGGUCUCACGAUAAGAGGAUCAUCUUCCGGAUUAUGAUAUGGUGGUUGUACUGUAAUGUACUGUAGUAAGGAUUUCCAGGCCUUCUUGGCUCCAUUGAAUUUGGCCUGUUAACAUGAUGCAUGUCACGUCAGGGGAUCCUAACCAGGAGGUAUUCACAUAGUUUAGAUAGAGACAGAUUCGGUUGUUAGGCAGUUCAAAUAUCUCACAAUUGUAACUAUCCCUAUCUUCUCUUUUCCAAGUAAACUCUCCUGGGAAAUCUCUCUGUAACGAUCGUAGGGUGGUCGCGCCCCCUCCUAUAUAACAUGAACCACGUCCCUCGAGAGAGGUAUAACGUUUUCCGCUAUCGCACAUGGUAGUCAGAGCCUUCCUUUUCUCAUCUGAAGCUUCUGUUGAAUCCAUCUAGCCUAGCCAUGUCUUCCUCCUCCUCCUCCGGUGCCUUCUCUCCCAACCUCAAUAGCCAGGUCACAGAGAAGUUGUCUUGCACGAACUACGUGCUAUGGCGCACGCAGACCACACCUCAACUGCGCGACGCCAGUGUCUACGGCUACGUCGACGACACCACGCCGGAGCCGACGAAGCUCCUCAU